CGGUCGUGGUCCGUGCGUCCUGGGGCCGAGGGCUCCCCCGCCGCUUUUUGCCCCCCGACCCCUCCGGCUCGGGUAGGUGGUGGCGGGGGCACCGGGCUGCAGGCUCCGUGGUGGGGUGUUCGGGGACCGCAGGUUUCGGGACUGGGGCUCACGUCCUUGGAAGGCUUUCUCCCACGGCGCACACCGAGGAGGACCCCGACAUCCCCGGGCGCGCACCCACUUCCGGGGCCGGCCACCCCCUCAGGCCCGCCACCGCACCGACUGGAAGACGCUGUUCUGCGUUUCCCUUUCUCACCUUUGCCCCGCUCGGUUGUCGCGCACUGUCUCAUUCUGUCCCCAGUCCUGCUGUAGCCCGAUUCGGCUUCCCCGGAGUCUGGAGCGGGUGGGCGGAAGGUGGAGGGACCUCCUCCAGGCUUCAGUUAUCUGGCGUGUUCUUGCUGAGCAUCUCUCCUCCGAGAGUCUCAGAGAUGGACCUUCUUCAGCUCCUGGCCUUCUUUGUCCCACUGCUGUCUAGAAGAGUGGUCACAGGCACCCUAAGCACCUCCCUGGACCCAAGCCUCAAGAUUUACAAGAAGAUGUUUGAGGUGAAGCGGCAGGAGCAGCUGAUGGCACUGAAGAACCUGGCACAGCUGAAUGACAUCCACCAGCAGUACAAGAUCCUUGAUGUCAUGCUCAAGGGGCUCUUUAAGGUGCUGGAGGACUCCCGGACAGUGCUCAUUGCUGCUGAUGUGCUCCCAGAUGGGCCCUUCCCCCAGGAAGAGAAGCUGAAGGAUGCUUUCUCCCACGUGGUGGAAAACACAGCCUUCUUUGGCGAUGUGGUACUGCGCUUCCCGAAGAUUGUACACCACUACUUUGAUAGAAAUUCCAACUGGAACCUCCUCAUCCGCUGGGGCAUCAGCUUCUGCAAUCAGACAGGCGUCUUUGACCAGGGACCCCACUCACCCAUCCUUAACCUGAUGGCCCAGGAGCUGGGGAUCAGUGAGAAAGACUCUGACUUCCAGAACCCAUUUAAAAUAGACAGAACAGAGUUCAUUCCUAGCACCGACCCUUUCCAGAAGGCCCUGAAGGAAGAAGAGAAACGCCGGAAGAAGGAGGAGAAGCGGAAAGAGCUCCGAAAAGGCCCAAGAAUCUCGAGAUCCCGGUCUGAGUUGUAGCCCUGGAGCAUCUUGGGGCUUAAGGGAUCGGAAGAGGCCAAUCAGAAGAGUCGGCAGGCAGCCAUGUAGCUGGUUCAGAUGGAGACCCGACGUUUGUUGGGUCUUCAAGAGCCAAGUCAUCCUGGCUAUAGAGACUGAGUCUCAGGAGUUUCAGGGGAACCCCCAGGGGGCCGUGAGAGACACUACUGCAAUGGUACCUUGUGGGGUGACUGCUGAGGGAGGAGCUUCAGGGGCCUGGCCUGAGCCUUCCUGGCGAGUGAGCUGGUGGUUGGCUGCUGUCCCUUGUGGGGAGGCAGCUGAGUCACAGGUGAGGGUGCCAUGCUUGCAGCUGUCCCUGACAUGUUCCUGAGCCACCUGUCAUGGGUCCCCACCCUCUUCAGGCAACAAUAAAAGCCAGCAAACUCACUGGCCCCACUAAGGCUGGUAAGGGACUGUGAGGGAGCCAGGAAUUUUUAGAGAUGUUGAGACCAGCCUGGAGUAUGUUUUUGCCUCUUUAAGAGGGAGCUCCAGGUCCUUGCAGGGCAGAGAAGCAAGAGUUUGACUUAGGCCUCUUAAUCCCACACUAUUGCUCUUAAUGAGGGGUCAGUUUUGAGAGGGGACCUAGAAGUGUCCUGGAGAGUGUUUAUUUCAAAGGGACCUUAAAAUAACACAGUCUCUGCCCUCAGACACCUGGGUGCAGUCCUUGAGCAGUUUCAAGGGAUAGUUGCCUUGCCUUUGGCAGCUACUAAAAAACUUCUCAGUUAGUGCAUGGGGGUGGUACAAGGAACAGGCUGUGGGGACAGGCUGCAGGACGCUGUGCUUUGUAAUGGGGCUCCCUGAGCAGCAUUGGUCAGACAGUGAGCUUCCUAGCUCAGGGCUCAAGGCGAGUCCUGUGGCCACAGGGCAAAGAAGCUAUGGAGGGACUUAGACCCUCAGUGGGCAGCCUGGCUUCUGUCAGUCCCAGUGAGGUGGCUGCCUUUCAGGCCUGCUUCUUCCAAGCAGAGGAGGGAGGGGCUCCAGCAGCAUCAUAGCUCUGCCUCUUUGACCUUGCCAAGCUAAGUACUUCUUAAAGGCAGGGAGACACAGCACCCCUGUCAUGCCCUGCCCUCCUGUUACUAACAGUGCUCAGGUGAGACCGGAGCCCAGCCAUCACCCUUGCUGACUGACCCUGGCCUCUUUCUCUUCCUUGUGCUGUGUCUUCAUUGGCAAAAUAAAUUUGAUGUCUGAAUCCUCUGCCAAGCUCUAAACUUGGAGCUGGCCUUCCUCUUGGCAAGGGUAGCAAAGAGAAACCAGGCCUUAGAAAGGCUUUAUGGAAGGGCCCAGAUCAUCAUGCAUCCUAUCAGUUACUCAAGAAAAGUAAGGGAGUAAGUAGAGGAACAGGACUGGAGAGGUUUUCCUGUCAGAACUGCCCAGGAGCCACCUGGUCUCUCUUGCUGGGCAGGGGAGGUAGGGCCAGCUGAUCUGAGAGACGUGAACUCUAUCCCCAGCUCUGUCCCUUCCUUGCUGCAUGACCCUAGCCAAUUCCUGUGAGAAUGGCAGCACUAGAAUGUGUGAUCUGUUAUAGACAAUUAUAGACAAUAAAGGGGUGGCAUCUACCCAUCAGCUGUUGACCCUGUCCUAGUACUUGUAGACUAAGGACUAGAGCCAGCCCCCGGCCCCUCUCCCCUUUGUGCUUGAGAGAAGCUGUGGUUGCUGGGUUUGCAAGAGCAGUGCUUCCCUUAAAUGAAGGGAGAACUUGGAGAAUCAGGCCCACAUAGCUGUGGACCUAACUUUCUUAGAGGUGGAGGGGAGGUGAAAGGAUGCCUGGGGCAGUGCAGCAGGCUUCCAGCUUUGGGUACUGAGUGACUUCUACGUGCUUUUACAGUAGCAGGACUAUUUUUUGUUCGGAGAGUUUCAUGUAGCCCUGUCCUGAUCCUACUUCCCACUUCCCCGGUGCUGGGGCUAUAGGUGUGUACCACCACAUCUGACCAGCAGGAUUUUUAUACUUUGAGGUAGAGCCAGAGAACUAUAGAGUGAUGAAAGAGGCAGCCCAAUAUGGAGGGAAGGCUGGGCCACUCAGGUCUAGCCUAGGCUGUGCCUCCCUCACGGACUUCAUCAGAACCAGGCUCUUGUUCAGAUCCUUGAAUUCCCUAUCCCAGAAUGCUCAGGUGUCUGAAGGAAUAAGGAGCUAUGAAAAGGCCCUGUAGGCGGAAGGUGCCUGGAGUUUAAGUGACUUCUGUGGUAGAUUUCCUCCCUGAUGGUUCUCUGUUCACCCCACAGAUUUGCUGAGUGCCCACCACACAAAAGGCCUAAGAGAAAGGUCUGCUCUAUCUGGGACCCUCUUUCUCCUGGGCUUUUUCCUUUACACUCUUUGCCUCUGUCUCCGUGGAUUCCAUUCUACCCGAGUCCAAGGCUUUCCUUCCACAGCCUUCAUGAACAAGUGCCUUGCUGCUUUCCUCUCCUUGCUGCCAGUGCUGACUAUUGUGGUUUCUUGUUCGGUGGACUCCACCUUUGAGUCUUACACAGGCACCAAAUAUCGUUAGCUGUAAAGACCCAAGGGAGGGCACUUGCUUCUCCAGCCUCCCAGCGGCUGGGAUUCAAUUAUAUGACCAUAGCUCCACCCAUUGGCUGCACCAGCUAGUUUAGUGCUGGUGGUGGCAGUAGCUGAGGUAACAGGGACAGUGUCUGUGUGUGUAUGUUUCCUAGUGGCCAGCUCAUGGUGUUCAUGGUGCUAACAAUGGUACUGUUAGUGUAGUCUUGGGUUCCGUGCCAGUCUGCUGGGCUUCAAGGUCCAGUCUGUGGCACUCCUAGAAUCUGUGAGCCCCUUAAUAUCAUUUAAGGCAGGGUGUCUCAACAGUGGCACUGCUAGUAUUUUGGACCAUCUGUUGAGAAGGGCUGUCCUGUGAUGUGGGUUUAGCAGUAUCCCUGAUCUCUACCUGUAAGAUGCCAGUAGCGAUUCUUAUGACAACUAAAGAUGUCUCCAGCCUAAAUGUCUCUCUCGGGUCAACAGCCCUUUUCCUUCCCUCUCCCCAUUUUCCUCUACCCUCCUCAGUCACUGCCCAGAGAGAUGCUGUUGAGGACUUCUUGGGGUGAUCCUGGGCUGCUAUUGUUCUAGCUCUGCCCAUAGUCUAGGGCUUCUGUCUCUUCCUGUCCCUCACCUAUACUUUAAGAGGUACUUGCCUUAGCCUAUCCUCUCUGCUCUUGGGCAGCCACACCCUCUGAGUUCUGAGUUGUUGGCAUCUGCCCUGACAACUCAUUACUUAGGUUUUGGUUCUUUCCAACCAGACUUGCCCUUUCCUACCCCCUAAGCCCACUUCUUCAAACUCUUAGGUAAUCCAUCUAGAAUGCUUCCUGGAAGAGGUGGUAUCUGUGCUGAAUCCUGAAAGAUGGAGGAAGGAGACAAGGGCCAGAAGCAGAAGCACAAGAGGAGAGCUGUUGAGGAAGGAGAUGAGAAGCAUGCACAGUUCUUUCCUAGGAGCCUGACAUAAUGGCCACCCAGUCCAGCCUCUCUCUUCCAGAUGAACAACCCAGGUCACGAGGAGCAGCUUGUGAAAUGUGAAAGCCUGUCUUCCCAGCCAGAGCCAGGUGCCAGCUGCAGGAGACAUUGUCAUGGGGCCAGGCCAGAGGGAGGAUGCAAGUGUUUUGUUGAGGGUUGAGACCUUGCAGCCACCAUUUUGUUAUUCCUACUGAGAGUUCAUUUGUGUUCCUUCAGGCCACUUGGUCAAGUACUGAGGCCUGGGACAAUCCUACUGGGAAAGCUCUAGUGUAGGAAAACCUGUCCCCAGCCAGAAAUGACAGCACAAGUCAGGUUCAUUGUUAGGCUUGUUAUACCCAUGGCCUUUCCUCCUCCUCUGUCAUUUGUACCAUCAUCUGCCAUUUUAUGUUCAGUAUCUUUUUGGUUUCACACACACACACACACACACACACACACACACACACACACACACACACACACACACACAUACACACACACACACACACACACACACACACACACACACACACCCUGCCCCCACAGACAGGAGCUUGCAUUUUCCCCUCUGUAUAUUAUGAAAGCCUUUUUCUUGUCAAUAAACAUUUAUGUGGUACCUUC